AUGCUUCUCGUUGACAUCGAGCUCGCCCUGCUUAGAAACGCUACCGCUGCAAUCGAGGUUGGUAGAGUGGUUGCCGCUCACGCACCUGUCAGUAGCAAAGUGUCUCAAUGUGUGCGUGCUCGUCUUUUGUUCUUUCGGGUCUUCAAAAAGGCAAUUAUACUAUCAUUAAACAAUCUACAGGCUCGUCACAAUUACUGUGUUACUCCCGUGGUGGGUACAUGUGACCUCGAGGUGGGAGAACGAUGUCUCCCAGUCUACCUUUAUUCUAAGGGAAUACCAGAGAACCGAUUCUCUGAUUCUAUUGAGAUAAGCCUAUUUUUCCAGAGUCUACUUGCUGCUUGA